CCCACUCAUCCCUUUCCUCUAUCCCUAACCCCCUGUCCCCACCCCCAGUUCCUUAGUCAUUCUGCUUAACCAUUUUAGCUCCGAAGGCCUGUGGAGUUCUAACAUACAUAGAAUUAACCCAUCUCCUCCUAACCCUGCUAAAUAAUCUCACUUUGGGCUAAAGCCUCACACUUUUGCCUUAAAGACCCAGGCCCCUCAUGGGCAGACAGGUAGGGGGAGUGCAAAUACAACUGGAUCCAGCAAACUGUUCUCAAGAAGACUCCAUCCAGGACCGCCUCUUACCGAGAAGUAUUCCCAGAGCCCCCUGUUCUGCCGGGUGACAAUUAGCCAAAGAUUAUUUCUCUUUAUUCAGAAGCAUAAAGUUGUUUGCUGAUUGCAAGAAGAUGUUUCUUUGGCUCUUUCUGAUUGUGUCAGCCCUGCUUUCUUCGACAAACGCAGAUUCUACCAUAUCGGUGGAAAUUUGCAAUGUGUGCUCCUGCGUGUCAGUUGAGAAUGUGCUCUAUGUGAACUGUGAGAAGGUGUCAGUCUACAGGCCAAAUCAACUGAAACCACCUUGGUCUAAUUUUUAUCAUCUCAAUUUCCAAAACAAUUUUUUGAAUAUCCUCUAUCCAAACACAUUCUUGAAUUUUUCUCAUGCUGUAUCUCUGCAUCUGGGAAAUAAUAAACUGCAGAACAUUGAGGGAGGAGCCUUUCUCGGGCUCAGUGCAUUAAAGCAGUUGCACUUGAACAACAAUGAAUUAAAGAUUCUCCGAGCUGACACUUUCCUUGGAAUAGAGAACUUGGAGUAUCUCCAGGCUGACUACAAUUUAAUCAAGUAUAUUGAACGAGGAGCCUUCAAUAAGCUUCACAAACUGAAAGUUCUCAUUCUUAAUGACAAUCUGAUUUCAUUCCUUCCUGAUAAUAUUUUUCGAUUCGCAUCUUUGACCCAUCUGGAUAUACGGGGGAACAGAAUCCAGAAGCUCCCCUAUAUUGGAGUUCUGGAACACAUUGGCCGUGUGGUUGAAUUGCAGCUGGAAGAUAACCCUUGGAACUGUAGCUGUGAUUUGUUGCCACUCAAGGCUUGGUUGGAGAAUAUGCCCUAUAACAUUUACAUAGGAGAAGCUAUCUGUGAAACUCCCAGCGACUUAUAUGGAAGGCUUUUAAAAGAAACCAACAAGCAAGAAUUAUGUCCCAUGGGCACAGGCAGUGACUUUGAUGUACGAAUUCUGCCUCCAUCUCAGCUGGAAAAUGGCUACACUACUCCCAAUGGUCACACUACUCAAACAUCCUUGCACAGAUUAGUGACCAAACCACCCAAAACGACAAAUCCAUCCAAAAUUUCUGGAAUUGUGGCAGGCAAAGCUCUUUCCAGCCGCAAUCUCAGUCAGAUUGUGUCUUACCAAACAAGAGUGCCUCCUCUUACACCUUGCCCGGCACCUUGCUUUUGCAAAACACAUCCUUCUGAUUUGGGACUGAGUGUGAAUUGCCAGGAGAAAAACAUACAGUCCAUGUCUGAGCUAAUUCCCAAACCUUUAAAUGCGAAGAAGUUGCAUGUGAAUGGCAACAGCAUCAAAGAUGUGGACGUCUCGGACUUCACCGAGUUCGAAGGACUGGAUUUGCUUCAUCUAGGCAGCAAUCAGAUUACAGUGAUCAAAGGAGAAGUGUUUCACAAUCUUACCAAUUUACGCAGGCUUUACCUCAAUGGCAAUCAGAUUGAAAGACUGUACCCUGAAAUAUUUUCAGGCCUUCAUAACCUUCAGUAUCUGUAUUUGGAAUACAAUUUGAUUAAGGAAAUUUUAGCAGGCACCUUUGACUCUAUGCCCAAUUUGCAGUUACUGUACUUAAACAAUAAUCUCUUGAAGAGCCUGCCUGUUUACAUUUUUUCUGGAGCACCUCUUGCUAGACUGAACUUGAGGAACAACAAAUUCAUGUACCUACCUGUUAGUGGGGUCCUUGAUCAGCUACAGUCUCUUACACAAAUUGAUUUGGAGGGCAACCCUUGGGACUGCACUUGUGACCUGGUGGCAUUAAAGCUGUGGCUGGAGAAGUUGAAUGAUGGAAUUGUUGUGAAAGAAUUGAAAUGUGAGACCCCUGUUCAGUUUGCCAACAUUGAACUGAAGUCCCUCAAAAAUGAAAUCUUAUGUCCCAAACUUUUAAACAAGCCAUCAGCGCCAUUCACUAGCCCAGCACCUUCAAUUACCUUCACCACUCCACUGGGUCCCAUUCGAAGUCCUCCUGGGGGCCCAGUGCCUCUAUCUAUUUUAAUCUUAAGUAUCUUAGUCGUCCUCAUUUUAACUGUGUUUGUUGCAUUCUGCCUUCUUGUUUUUGUGCUGCGACGCAACAAGAAACCCACCGUGAAGCAUGAAGGUCUGGGGAAUCCUGAGUGUGGCUCCAUGCAGCUGCAGCUAAGGAAGCAUGACCACAAAACAAACAAAAAGGAUGGACUGAGCACAGAAGCAUUCAUUCCACAGACCAUAGAACAGAUGAGCAAGACCCACACCUGUGGUCUGAAAGACUCUGAAACUGGUUUCAUGUUUUCAGAUCCUCCGGGACAAAAAGUCAUGAUGAGAAAUGCUGCGGACAAGGAGAAAGAUUUAUUGCACGUGGAUACCAGGAAGAGAUUGAGCACAAUUGAUGAGCUGGAUGAAUUAUUCCCUAGCAGGGAUUCCAAUGUGUUUAUUCAGAAUUUUCUUGAAAGCAAAAAGGAGUAUAAUAGCAUAGGUGUCAGCGGCUUUGAGAUUCGCUAUCCAGAGAAACAGCAAGAUAAAAAAAACAAGAAAUCAUUGAUAGGUGGCAACCAUAGUAAAAUUGUCGUGGAACAAAGGAAGAGUGAGUAUUUUGAACUGAAGGCAAAACUUCAGAGUUCCCCUGACUACCUACAGGUCCUUGAGGAGCAAACAGCUUUGAACAAGAUAUAGUUCAUGCAGUCUGACUUCAUACAGAGGACAUUAUUUAAUGAUGAAAGUGCCUUUUGUUGACUUGUAACGUCCAAAUACUAUAUUAUCAAUAGGCAUAGAGGCAGGUGUUUCCAAGGGUAUCUAAUUAACUGUAGCUGUAAAGAUGUGUCAAGUAGAAGAGAAUUUCCUUAAUAGAUUUUACUAUAUAAAACCUAUACUGUGGAGUCCUGUGGGGAUACUGCAAACUCUAUUGCCAAAGGGAUGCUUUAUAAACAUAAUACACUGAAUUUAACCUCAAGAGGCAAAUCCGUUUUGUACCCCAAUGCAAAACCUUCAUCUCUUUGUGCUUUGUGAAGCAAACUCAAGAAAACUGGUACCAGUGUUUGUACCUUGGCUGGGUCCUUCAUCUUGCACGUAGAUUAAGUUGGUGGAACUGAAAUAACCCUUUUGAUUUGUGGCAUUGUAACAACUCUGUAAAGAUUACCUGAAACGUGUAAAAAAAAAAGCAUGCAAAGAGAGAACAUUUGAUAGUAUUUGUAAAUCGGUAAACUUUAUGGCCUGCAUCUUGAAACCACUGGAUUUAUAAUGUUAAAUUGUGCAAAUACUUGUUUAAAAAUACCAUGCAUUACAUAACUAUAAAAUAAAUUUGAACACUCUUACGUAUUACCUGUCUAUAUAUAAAAACCUAAAGGAGAAAAAAAGUCAGUGUGAGUUACAUAGUGUUUUUGGUGAUCUGGAGAAAAACAUGAUGUUUAUCAGAAUGAAAUAUGGCUCAAAUUAAACUACCGUUUGUUCUCAAUUACGUGAAAAACCCACAAUCCUUAAAGGUUGUCCAAAAUUAGCAAAGUGCUUACCGUGUGAGCGCACCCAAAGCUAUUUUUGUAACAUAAUUCAUAUUUAUGAAGUACUUUCUAUACUAAAUAAGAAAACAUGUACUCCUUAAUAUGUAUUUAAUAUACCUGACUUAUUUUCCUGAUCACAGCAAAUUCAUCAGAAAGUAUAAAUUUAGAUAAGAAAAAACUACUAAAAUGAGACGGAAGCUAAUGUGCACAGAAAUAUUUUGGACUCUGUGAUCAGGUAUAAUUUAAAAACAGAAAAAAAAUCAAAAAAGAAGCAAAAAUAAAAAAAGCAGUUCUGUACCAUUCUUGUGAAUUUAGCAUAUUAUCUUCAGAUUUGUUGCCAACUGUGCAUUUUAAAAUAGGUUCCUUAGUUUUAUAGUAUUGUGUCCGGGGCAGUUGUUAUUUGCCAUCAGUUGUUAUGCUUUUCAGGAUUCUAUGAGCUUAAUUAAAAUAGUUUAACUACAAGUAUUUAACAAAUUAAUGACUAAGGUUAAUAGUAUCUUGUAUGCAUCAGUUUCCUGUUGUUCCAUCAUUCCGAUUGCUAUCAGUUAGUCUAGUAGACCUGUAAACAUCAUGGCAAUUUUGGCUACUUAAACCACACUGUAAAAUGCUUGCACUGGUCUCAGAUGAGUUGGUAUACAGCUACAAACGAUGUGCCCCUGUGUCUGCUUAUGCUGUUGUUCCUGGUCAAAAUUGAACAAAUGAAUGAAGUGUUUGAUAAUGGGUGAUAUUUGCAGAUUUUUAGGAGCUCUAAUUAGCAAAGUGGUAUGCAGAAUCUCAUUUCCUUCUUGAUGAGUGUGUGUGUGUGUGUGUGUGUGUGUGUGUGAGAGAGAGAGAGAGAGAGAGAGAGAGAGAGAGAGAGAUUGUGUGUGUGUGAGAGAGAGAGAUUGUGUGUGUGUGUGUGUGUGUGUGUGUGUGUGUGUGUUUGAUGAAUGACAGUAUUUAUCAGCAGCUCAGGCAAGAGAGUAAGCAGACAUUCUUCAUGAAUUUCAAAUGGCAGGUGUUUUGGUGUGGCUUCUAAAGUGAUGUUAGGGUUAAAGUUGUAAUAGCAAUUCCUCUAUUAAAUACUAACUUCAAGAGUGUGUGUUUGUUCCAAAAUUUAAAAAAAAAGAAAACUUGACAUUAUUGGAGGAGAGUAUUUUUCUGUUUUUUUUUUGCUGUUGUUUUUGUUUCGUGUUUGUGUGUGUGUGUGUGUGUGUGUGUGUGUGUGUAUGUGUGUGUGUCUGUGUGUGCGUUUGUGUGCAUGCAUGUAUGUGUUUGCGUAUAUAUUCACACAUAUAGAUAAUUUGGAGAUUUUUUUUAAUAGUGAACAAAAUCUCCAUAUGUAUGUGCUGGUGCUCUUAAAACUUUAAUGUGUAAUUUUAAUUUUCAGACAAUGUCUGUGGAAUCUUUAUAUGAAUAUAAAUAUAUCCAAACAAACUAUUGCUUUCUGAUCUUGAAAGAAAAGACAAGAUGUGUGCUCAAACACUUAUUUUCAUCAACGGUUUCAUAAGGACUUUCAAUAUGCCAUUACCGUGCACGCAUGCAUCCAUGGAUUAAAGGGCUCCUAAUGCAUACUGACAGGAUAAAGACGCAAAGGCUUCCAAGAAAGUGUUUUAGUUUAUCCCGUCAAUAAAGUAUGGAUUGAGGAAUCUUAAAUGGACACUCCUGGGAAGAAUCAGAAAGCUCUAUCCAUGAUCUGGAGCUAAUAGGUCAUUGGGAUGAUGCCUUUUUAUUCAGUGUGGUGAUGUUUGGAAGACGUUUCAAGGUUUCUAAAGAACUGCCAAUGGCAAGAGUACCUGCCACCAUCUCAAAGCUUGCUGUAGUAUAUUGGCUAUCUCAUACUCUUUGGCCGAAAGCUAUAAAUGUUCAAAAAUUUUAAGAAAACAGUAAUUUAAUUGUGAUUAUUUGGAAAUUUUUAUUGUAAAUGAAAGUAACAAAACCUUGGUUAAGGCUAAUAUAUUUUCCUUAACUAAAGUCAUUGUGCCUACAUUAUACAGUGUAUGCUAUUUUGCACCUGUCUUUCAUUACUUCUUCUGGUAUCUUUUUGAUAAUGUAGUUAGGCAUAAGUUCUGAGUUGAGUACAAGACCACUUAAAAUACUCUUAUGUACAUUUUGUUAGCUUCAACUAUAACCUUGAUGUUAGUUUAACCCCUUGAGGUAUGAUAUGUACAUCAGUACAGCUUUUUUUUUAGUAGACUUCGAUUCAAAUCUUGAAAACCCAAGAAGUGCUCAUUUCUAAUGUGGUGUGACACAUCAUAGGCUUCUUGGAAUUAUAUUCUUGUGUAUGGACUGUAUUAGAGCAGUUGCAAAGAAAACUAGUAUCUUAUGAAAUCAGUGAAGGGGUUGAGAUAAUAUAUUGUGUCUGUGUAACAUAAAUCAAGUUUUAAAUUAUUUUUUUAUGAAAUCAAUAAAAAUGAUUCAAUUCUUUAAAAGUAAAUCUUUGUGUAAUUUUAUGAGAAAGCAGCUAUUAAAGUAUAGUGAUUCAAGUAUAUAAGGCAAUUUAUAUCCUAUAUUUAGUUUUCCAUUCUAAACAACAAUACUAGUAAAUAUAUUAAUUAUAAAGUCACAAAAGACCAUUAUUCUUUUUGUUGCAUUUCAUGAACAUUUAAUUUUGAAAGCCAUAAGGAUGCAUAAAGAUUAUAGGGCAAGGCCUCAUGAGUAUUGUCAGCAGGUAUUUCAGAAAUCAGAGAAUAAAUCUAGAAAUAAAUGGUGAUAAUAUUAAUAUACAAUAUUGUUUGCAUGACUUUUCCACUGACAGUGUAAGAAAUGAGCAAAGUGACAGUUCUUUCUCCUUCCCUCCCUCCAUCCCUCCCUCUCUCCCUCCCUCUCUUUCUCCAUUUCUUUUUCUUUCUUCCUGUUAUUGUUGCAUCCAAAGACUUGGGAGACUAUAUUAAGAAUGUAUUUAUAAUUACUAUUUUGGAAUGAAGAGUAUGCAUAUUGUUUUACCAUGAUUUGAGUCUUUUUUAUUUUAUAUUAAUUCAUAAAAAAAUCAAGUAAUUCUAUAAGAUCUAAUGUAAACUACAGAAAAGUACCAUUUAAUGAAUUUUGCUUGUAAUUACAUCAAGAUAUCAGAAUUUAUUAAAUGCCAUUUUCUGAACAUAUUAAUAAAAUUGUUUGCUACAAUGUUA